CAAAAACCCUUCAUUCCCCCAAAAACCCUUGUUCCGAUCUCCCGCCACCAUGACUCUGGUUGCAGGCUCCUAUGAGAAAUACAUAUGGGGCUUCCGCAUCAAAGGCCCACCAGAUCAAGGGCCAGGAUCAGAGGCCCACGUCCUAAAACCUCUCUUCUCCUUUCCCUCUCAUCUUUCCCCCAUCAAAUCCCUCGCCCUCUCUUCUCCCCUUGCCGCUUCCGGCGCUGCCUCAGAUGACGCCGUUAAGAUCUACGACCUCUCCUCCCUCUCCGUCAUCGGCUCCCUAACGGACCAUAACGGCGCCGUUACUUCUCUCUCUUUCUUCACUCCUCCCUCCCUCUCUUUCCCCCGUAACCUCCUAACGGCGUCUGAUGACGGCACCGUCUGCAUCUACGAUGUCGACCCCUUCGUCUGCCUCAAGACCGUUGUGGCCCACAAGAAGGGGGUUAAUGAUCUGGCUGUUCAUCCGUCGGGGAAGUUGGGGCUUACUGUGGGGAGGGACGCGUGCUUGGCCAUGUUGAAUUUAGUCCGGGGGAAGAGGAGCUUCUGCUGCCGGCUGGGCCGGGAAGCAUCGAUCGUGCGGUUUGAUGAUGGAGGGGAGAGAUUCUAUAUGGGGACAGAGGAGAAUGUAUCCGUCCAUGAUUCGGAGGACGCGAGGUUGCUGCUCGAGCUGGAGAAUCAGAAGCGGGUCCUCUGCGUCGUGCCUGGGGAGAAUGGACUCUUAUUUACUGGUGGAGAAGAUCGCAACAUCACUGCCUGGGAUACAAGGACUGGAAAGGUGGCAUAUUGCAUUGAAGAUGCUCAUUCAACCCGCGUGAAAGGUCUUGUUGUUCUUGGGAGUAGAAGCAGCAGCGACGAAGAUGCUGAACUCCCUUAUCUCGUGGCAUCUGCAUCAUCGGACGGUGUCAUACGGGUCUGGGACGUGCGUGUGGCCAAGAAGGAGAAGCCAAAUCCGUUGACAGAGGCCAAAACGAAAUCAAGGCUGACUUGUCUUGCUGGAUCAUCAGUUAAGUCUUUCAAGAGACCAGUAGCUGGAGGUAAAGAGGAGGCGGUCAUUGCACAGGAAGAUUCAUAGACUGAAAAGAAGCAAAUUUUCUGUUACUUACGAGAUUUUUGGAGGAACGGAUAAGUCUUCAUAUGACUGCGGGGCUCACGGAAGCUCGUUUGCUGUGAACUCAUUUUUGUAAGAAAUGAGGGUACCGAAUGGACCUAAAGACGGCUUGCUCUGUGAUUCCAUUUUUUUUUUGAAAUUUUGGCUUUUUAAUUUGUAAACAAUGGAUUAGACUUCGAGGGCAUUUUGAAGACUUGAGUUUAUUUAAUUUUUAGUAGUGAAAUAACUCUCUUGCUUUAUUCAUUUGCACAACUGGUGUUUGGAUGACACCAACAUUCAGUUUGUAUGGAAUUUCUAGGGGAGAUGUGUUUGUACUUA